AGCGCAUCAUCCCGACUGAGCGAAACCCCCGCGGCGGCCACCACCACGCCGCUGCAGCCGCAGCACAGCGCAAGGGCCAGCACGCACAGCGGCACGUGGCGACUCAUUAUCAUCAUCACUUCGACUUGGAAACUGCUGAACUGCAUAAUGGAAAGAGAGAGAGAGAGAGAGUAGUGUGCACGCAGAGAGAACCCCAGUGGCGCAGGGAGAAACCCCUUCCCAGUCGACUACCCCAAAAGAAAAAAAAACAGGUACGAAACCAACAGCCGUGGCACAUGCCACAGCACCCCACAUUACAAAGCCCAGCAACCGGAAACAAGGAGGUGUGA